ACAAUCCAAACCAAGUCUUGUUUACAAAAACAUAAAACUAAAAGCUCUCUAAUCACUUCCUCUUCCAUAUCUCUCCCACAUCAUUUGCAAAUCCUAUCACCCAUCAUGGCAGGAGAAGUUCCAGCAAUUGGAUCAGUCCAGAAACAAGACGAGGAGUGGCGUGCGGUUCUGUCUCCUGAGCAGUUUAGGGUUCUCAGAGAAAGAGGCACAGAUAAACGAGGCAAAGGAGAGUUUGUGAAAAAGUUUGACGAAGGGAUUUAUAGUUGUGCUGGUUGUGGAUCUGCUCUUUACAAAUCAACCACUAAGUUUGACUCUGGUUGCGGCUGGCCUGCGUUCUUCGACGCCAUCCCUGGUGCUAUUAAACAAACUCCAGAAGGCAUGGGUGGAAGAAGAAUGGAGAUAACAUGUGCUGUGUGCGAUGGACAUCUUGGCCAUGUUUUCAAAGGUGAAGGCUACGCUACUCCUACCGACCAACGUCACUGCGUUAACAGUGUCGCUCUCAAAUUCGCUUCUGCUGAUUCCUCCUAGUGAUCAUCAUUAAUUGAUCGGUCCAUUGAUUUGUCUCAUAAAAUAAAAUAUAAUAAUUAUGAAAUAUGUGUGUGAUCUUGCAAAGGUUUUUGAUCAUUUGAAAUUUCGAUCAUCUGUAUGUGUUUUUUUUUUCCUCUGCUUUCCAAUAAACCAUAUGACUCUUUUGUUCAAUGACACUAAUAAACAUCUUUUACUUA